CCUGCGCAGACUCAGUAGCAGCAGGAAGAUGUCUGUCAGGAUGAGGUCUUGUCUGCUGACAAUUUUGUUUUUAAACGUUUUUUACAGUUUCGUCUCUUCUUUGUACUUUCACAUCGGAGACACCGAGAAGAAAUGUUUCAUAGAGGAAAUCCCGGACGAGACGAUGAUUAUCGUAAACUUUCAGACUCACCUGUCUAAUGAAUACAUCAACAUGGACCUGCCGGACAAUCACAAACUCUGGGUGUUAAUAGAAGCUAAAGAUCCUGAUGACGAGCUGAUUUUAUCAAAACAAUUUCCCUCCGAGGGAAAGUUCAGAUUCACGUCACUCAAAGCAGGAAGACACCUGAUCUGUCUGCAGUCCGGCUCCUCACAGUGCCCCCUGCCUGCUGGAGGCAUGCUGAUGGUUCACUUGGACAUCAGAGCACGCGAACGUACAAACAACUACGCCAAGAUCGCAGCCACAGAAAAACUGUCAGAGCUGCAGCUGAGAGUCCGACAGCUGUCGGAGCAGGUCCGACAGAUCCAGAGAGAGCAGGACUACCAGAGGCUCAGAGAGAAACAUUUCCGCGAGGUCGACCACAACACCAACAUGUGGAUCUUCUGGUGGCCUGUCGUCCGCUCGCUCUUCGUGGUCGCUGUCAUCACUGCCAGCACCAGCUCCUGGUGAAGUCAGGAUGUUUCAGUAAACUUUGGACCUACCAGGAAAACAUAAAAAGGGACACACAGAGUGAUCUUCCACAUGUAUUUCAAUAAAUUAAGAUUUUCAACAAACCCACCUGCCCACACACAUCAGACAAUCAGGUCAC